AUGGGCUUGUGCGCCUCCAAAGACCCUCCCUCAAACCCAGCAGUGGACUCCAGUGACAAGCGGAAUAAGCAGCAACAAGCGGUGGAUCAGAGAACCAAGAACAAACUAGCAGACUCAUCCGUCACUGGGCUGGAAAAAAGCAAUGGCCAGGUUCGACACGGCCAAGGGCCUCACAAGGAAGAAUCCUUGCAACAGACACUAGCUGCUGGCAACACCCAGAGUCUAAGGCCGGGGCUGGCUCCGACCUCCAAUGCUCAGUCUCGCCAGCUGUCUUCACAAACUGCAAACGGCAUCAUAUCACCAGCAAACGACAAGGAGGUGAAGGUGUUGCUUUUGGGCUCGGGUGAAAGCGGGAAGUCCACCAUUGUGAAGCAAAUGAAGAUCUUACACAAGAAUGGGUUUUCCGAGGAAGAGUUGUACGAAUACAAGCCAUUUGUUUUCAAAAAUGUGUUGGAUUGCGUCAAGAACGUGGUGAAUGCAAUCAUUGAUCUUCAACCGGACUUGAUCGCCGAUAAGGGCACCGCCGAGGAAGCAUUGGCUGCCAACAUCAACGGUGCCGAGGGCCUGCGCAAGCACAUUUUACGCUACGAAGAUCUUAACGAGAUCCUAGACUACGAGGUCUCGGUCAGCUCCGAUGAACAAUUCAACCCGUCUGUGGCUGCAAAAAUAAAGACAGUGUACAGCUUCCCUGAAGUUCGGGCUUUCAUGGAGCGCGAGCAAGGCAAAUUUUACCUUAUUGAUUCCACUGACUACAUGCUCAGCAAUGUUGAAAGAAUUGCUGCUGCCGAUUAUAUCCCCACUCAGGCUGAUAUCUUGCGCACGCGAAAGAAGACAUCUGGUAUCUUCGAUUUCCGUUUCCAAAUGAGUGGAGUCAACAUGCAUAUGUUCGAUGUUGGUGGACAGAGAUCUGAGCGGAAGAAGUGGAUCCACUGCUUUGACAAUGUUACCUUAAUAAUCUUCUGUGUUGCACUUUCUGAAUAUGACCAAGCUCUACUAGAGGAAGACUCGCAGAACAGGUUGGAGGAAUCCUUGACCUUAUUCGAUUCCGUAGUCAAUUCUCGGUGGUUUUCCAGAACAUCCAUUGUUCUAUUUCUCAACAAAAUCGACGUUUUCGCCAAAAAAUUGCCAUUUUCUCCUUUGGAAAAUUAUUUCCCCGACUACAACGGCGGCGAUAACAUCAACAAAGCUGUCAAGUAUAUAUUAUGGAGAUUCACCCAGGUGAACCGAUCUGGUCUUAAUAUCUACCCGCACGUAACACAAGCCACUGAUACAUCUAACAUUCAGCUUGUGUUUGCUGCUGUGAAGGAGACGAUAUUGGAAAACUCCUUGAGAGACAGUGGCAUAUUGAACACCUAG